UAAGCUGGUGCUCAGGCCACAUGCUCCUUGUCCAGCAGCUGCUACUAACAGAGCUGUCAGGAAGGGGAGAGACCAGAGACACGAAUCCCUCAGUAACUUCUAGAAGGAAGAACCUUAGAAGGGAAUAAUAAAACAGAUAUGAAGGAUAACACCACCCAGCUAAAUCGCUUUGUGUUCAGUCUAUAACAGGCUUCCUGUGCUGAUUCUGUUCCUUGUAGAACUGGCAGUGUGUGCACUCUAAUAUUGUGCUCUGUCAAUGGCAAUUAACAUAAUCUUUACUUUUGCACUUAAGCCUUUUAGAGUAGGGAGUCAGCCAUGAACAGGAUUUUCAAAGUUGAUCUUGCGCUCUCGCUUGUCACGCUGUAGGUAUGGUGUCUUCAACACCUUGCAUUGUUCCUCAGCCGAACAGACUCAGGGUUUGUUUAGGAAACUUGUGCUGAUAGUGUUUUCUUCAAGAUUUUGCUGAUUUAGCCUGCCAGUGUCUGUAGAAUAACCUAGAGUUGUCAGGGUGCCAGUGGCUGUUUUCUUUUUGUUCACAUUCCCUGCUUGCCUGCUGCAGCCUGUGCCUGUCUACAGAUUGUGUGGACAGCACCACUCACAUAGCAAUACUGAGGCACUCCAAAGUGCCAACAGUCAAACCACGGAUACAGCUGACAGAGACUGAAAGAAGAUAUCGAGGAAGCUUCUCAAGGGAUCGGACAACAUGGGAGCAGCUCAUGGAAGAAAGAAAGAAUACUCACUUCAACAUCAGCCAUGUACAGAAAGUGGGAAGCACAUCAUGAAUGGCUCUGCCCCCAUGUACUCAGACUUGCAGAGGGAGACGCAUGGGAUCAGCAGUAUCAUGGCUCAGCCAGAUUAUCAAGACGGGAACGAUGACCUUAUCAAACCUAAAAAGCUACUAAAUCCAGUGAAAGCCUCCAAAAGCCACCAGGAACUCCACAGGGAGCUGCUGAUGAACCAGAAAAGGGGCAUGGGUAUUGAAAACAAACCCGAGCUGCAGAGAGUGCUGCAACACAGGAAGAGAGAUCAGCACAUUCGAAAGAAAAAAGAGGAAGAGGAGGCCCUGAGGUUGAAAUCUCCCUUCGAACAGGAGCUUCUGAAAAGACAACAGAAGCUAGACCAGCUUGAAAAGGAACAAGACGAACGGCAUGAGAGACAAGGCAAUGCACCGGAAUUUCUCAAAGUCAAAGAAAAUUUAAGAAGGACGUCAUUUUUAACCUCGGAAGAGAAGGAAGUGUAAAAACAGCAGGGGCCAACACGCACAGCCCAGGUGGUUUGUUCACAUUCAUGGACACUUCAUUCAUAGAUUGUCUGCAGAAGGUUCACUUUCCCAGAUAAACUGAAGCAGCUUACAGAUGGCUAGUCUCUCCCUGUGUCUUGCCUUUAACAGUGCAAUGAUAUCUUAAAAGAUGUUCAUUCUAAUAAAGCUGUGUUACUAGGCUGGAGAGAGAUACAGUGCCAGGGUGGCACCCUAAUAGUCUACCUGGAAUUGUCUAUAACUCAGAAACCAGCCGAUAACAACUGUAGCAUGUGCAAGGCCAUAGGAACUAUAGUCACUAGUUACCCUGUCCUGGCUGUUGAAUUGAAAAGGUGCUGUCUCUGACGCUGAUUUCAGCUUGUACAGUACAGCAUUUUCAAUUGGAUUUUUACAUUCUUUUAGUUGAGUGUUUCAAUGGGCUCAACUGAGACUGUGUUGGCCUCAGGUGAACAAGCUUUGAGAAUGAUGUAUUACAUGCAAUAGGAUAUUGUGUAACAGCAGCUUCCCCAAGUGUCUGUAACCACUGAAGCAUGUUCAGAACUCCUACAUGUGUGGUGAUUGAAGCGAUUAAUCAGUAAAACAUUAAAACUAUUCAAUACCACAUACUCGCUUAUUGGAGAACUACUGAACCAUCAAAAAACUGCAGUAUUGUGGAUCAAAAGUAAAGUGACCUUUUAGUUGUGCUAUAUAUAUAUAUAUUAUAUAUAUAUAUAUAUAUAUAUAUAUAUAUAUAUAUAUAUAUAUAUACACACACACACAGAAAAACACUGCAAGUACCUUAACCUAGUUCUGCUCUGUAUGGAGAGAAUGAAAAAACAGUAUUAAAAGAAAAGAAAAAAAACAUUCAGUUGUCUGCAUGAACAAAAUGACAGCAGCCAUAAUACAGUAUAGAUACAGUAUAUCUGCUCUUAGGAGCAAAUUGCCUUCAAAACUAAUAAAUGUUGAUUUUUUUCCUAA